UUCAUCUCACACACUAUCGUCGACUGGUUCGUGCUCGUAACAGCGAGAAUCGCCCAGCAGUUGAAAAAUUUUCCUUGUACUUUCCGUAACAACAAAGCGAGAAAACAUCUGCCGACAACAUGUCCGCCUAUAAGAUGGAGACCGCACCAUUCGAUCCACGUUUCCCCAACCAGAACGUGACCCGCUAUUGCUAUCAAUCCUAUUUGGACUUUCAUCGCUGCCAGAAGAAGCGCGGCGAGAGCUUUGCCCCAUGCAACUACUUCAAGAAGGUCUACAAGACGAUGUGCCCCAAUGCCUGGGUCGAGAAGUGGGAUGAUCAGCGCGAGAGCGGCACAUUCCCUGGCCGCAUCUAAGCCCACACAUCCCACGCAUCUAGCAUUCAAUACAACAACAACAACAACAACAACAACAACCAAAACAACAACAACAACUACAACAACAGCGACUAAAUUAUGCUAGUUAAUAUCGUUUAGGGCAGGCAAAUUAACAAAUAUAAACAAAAAUUGUUACAAUCCAAAACAAAAA